UUUCCCUUUUUUUCUUUUCCUCGUUUUUUAAUAGAUUUCUACCCCCAGGUUUCCGGGGCUUCUUUUAUUCUUGGCAAGGAGGAAAAAAGAUAAUCAAGCCCACCCAUCAUGCACUAGCCGUGCAAACUAGACUAUGUACCUACUAGAAACCCUGACAUUGGCUUGGGUGGCUUGGGUGGCUUGGAUGGCUAUUUACAUACCCGCGAUCUCGCGUGUCUUUAUAGUAGGUAUUCUAGUAGUCCUCGAUAUAAGAACCUUUUUUCGUAUAUUUAUCACCACGCAUAUCUAUACACAUAGACGCCGUCUUCAUCUUCAUAUUCCUCGAGUGUCGAUAUUCG